CAUUCCUCCCCUCAAAAAUAUUUCGCACUCCAAAUAUUUCUUCAUUAGGUAUAAACAAUCCAUUUCAUCUACAAUCUCCUGGCCUAGUGCAGGAAUGGACAACCUUAGAAAAAAUUCCCACCGGUUGGAGGGCAACACCUUGGCAAUCCUCGACUCAUCCGGCAUCAGGGAAGCUUGCGAUAUCCAUGAAGAUAGACUCUCUUUCUUGGACGCCGUUCGUGGCGCAUCUCUUGCUUCGAUUACUCCCUCCCCUCCCACCUGGAAAAUGUAUGAUGCGAUUCUCCGCAUCCUUAAAGAGGGCAACUCUCUUGAACUGGCCGUUGCGAGUUUCCAGCUCCUAACCGACUUGGAAAAGCGCUAUCCUAGUGUCUAUUUAAGGGAAUCAGAUAAUUUGGAGACUGAUUCCAGCGGAGCUUGGGUACCUGUGGUGAAUAAGGAGGCAUGGUCUCCAUUUAUCGUAGAAACAAGAAACUGUUCUGGUGAGGCUAGUCAACUUUGCAGGGAUUCAAAAAGCCUUCUUAAUUCUGCAUCUUUCUCCAUUCUCACGGAGGAGAUAGCUAUUGGUGGACACUCAACAAUCAAGAUUGUGCAGAACAUGCUCUUGUUUCAAUAUGUUGUUCGUUCACUUGAAGCUGAUUUCUUACCUCGUCAUACUUUCUGUAAGGAAACAUUUAACUGGGACUUUUUAAAGGAAUCCGUGCUCUGCAAGCUUGUGGCAUAUAGAAAAAUGAACUAUAAAAGUAUAGUCCAUGGUUGCAUGUCAAUCAUAUCUACUAGAUUUUUUCAUAAGACCAACAUCUGUUUUAAAGAUUUGAGUGACAAAGAUGGCAUUUCUGCUGAUCUACCCACUAGUUGCUAUGUUGGUUUGUCCUUUGCAUUCCCUGAAAUUCAAAGAAAAACUUGUGAUGCUGCACAAAAACUGUUGAUCUUGAUCAUGGAGCUUGAUGUGAUUAGGAAAGAAGCUGAUACAUUUGGUUUAACUUCAAGAUCAGAUGGCUUCAGGAUUCCUAUUAUAGACACGGUUCUUGAUGAGCUAACAUACAAUAAAGAUCAGUUAUCCCCUUUUCUUGAGGCUUUUGGAGAACCAAAAUGGAAGCUGGAGAUCAUUCUACUGUAUUUUGGUAAAUACUAUAGCAGGCCUUCUACUCGAACUAGGAGGACAAAUACUUCACCAAAUAAUGAAACUUUUGAGGGCAUCUUGAAUUGCUUCUCAAAUCCUGUAAUUUCUGGCGGCAUCUUGAGAAAAGUGACUUCUGAGGUGGCUUGUUUGCUCUUGGCUCAAGCUUUUAAGUGCUAUUUAUCACUUCAACAUGAUCCGAAAAAUGUAGCAUUUGUGGCUGAAAAGAUCGGAAGUAGCACUCUACCAGAAAUAUGCAAUGGAUUGGUAGCUGCUUUGAAAAAUCUGAGAAAGUUUGACGACAGUUUGGAACUCACAUCUUUCCAGAAGCAAGCUUUGACUACUGCUGCAGCAUUGGCGUCAAUGAAGUCUUAAAGUUACUCAAAUAAUUAAUAACUCUAAAUCAGGAGCUUCUUUAAGUUAUAUUUUAGCACGUAUAGCGAGGAAGAAGAACAAUUUGUUCUUAAUGGAUUUAAUUGUUGCUCGAUUGUAGUAUGUACCUUAAUUAGUUAGUGAUGCAUGCUUUUUGCAACAAGAUUGAAUCAUACUGCA